CGAUUAUAAAUGGAAUUUAGUGUUGCUGAAGUUGUGUGGUGGACGGAACAGUGAAUGCUUUGAGUUUUAAUUUACCUUUGAUCUGUUGAUAAACGAACAAGUGACAAUGAGUGAAGUUGAAGAAUGCCUGAAGAGGAUUUCCUCCCACAAAGGGGUCAUCGGCCUCAUGGUUGUCAAUAUGGAAGGGAUUCCAAUCAGAACAACGUUGGAUAAUUCCACCACAGUGCAAUAUGCGGGCCUACUUCAUCAACUGACGGCCAAAGCCCGCAGCACGGUCCGCGACAUCGACCCCCAGAAUGACCUGACCUUCCUGCGCAUCCGCAGCAAGAAGAAUGAAGUCAUGGUGGCCCCAGACAAGGAGUACCUUCUGAUUGUGAUCCAGAGCUCCACAGACUGAGCUGCGUUGGUCUUAUCCUCAUUUGUACAGCCGGAUAUUUAUCCCCUUUUGCUUGUACAUAACCAGCUCUCCCCUGUCACCUUUUCAGUACCAUGUGCACACAUUUCACCUAAAGAUCCUGUGCACAUGUGCCUUGCGUACAUGUAUUUUUUGUUCUUAGUGUUUCUGAAGGUGUGGUACUGAAAGGGUCACUAAUUGGCCAAGAGACAAUACAGGUGAACCCUUCUCCUAGCUUAGAACUCCCCAAAAUUUGUUUAUUUGAAAUCUGAGUUUUCUUUGCACAUUUUUGUUUUGCUUGCUGAAUUUGCAAGUUGACUUUGUUCCAAUCGGUUUUCUUUUUUUUUCUUAAGUUUUCAUUACAGUUUUUAUUUAUUUAAGAAGUUAUUAACGAUUUACCAAAUCCAUGGAAGGGCCACAC